UCCGCAUUAUUCACGUUGCUCUUUCACUGCUCUGUGGGUGCGUGUGUGAAAUUGCACCACAUUGUGUCGUUACCGAAAGUGUUCGGUGGAAUCUUGCCAACAAAAUACGUUAUUCUGUGCUAAUAACCGUCUAAAUUUGUCACGAUGCCACCGAAAAAGAAGGGAGGCAAAAAGAACCAGGACUGGGACGAUGACGAACCCGAACAGAAGGCAGUAGUCGAUCCGCCAAAGCCGACUGGUAAGGGCAAAGGAAAAGCGAAAGCUGUCAACGUGGAUUCGGAUGAGGAAGUUCCUGCCCCCAAGGGGAAGAAGGGAGGUCAGGCAGUUCCAGUGCCGGCCAAGAAGGGAGCUAAGGGUAAGAAAGGCAAGGGCAAGAACGACGACUGGAGCGAUGACGAGGAUAGCGGAAAGGACCUGAAGAUUGGCAAGGGUGAAUCAGAGGAGGACGAGGAGGUGAAGAUUGCGAAACCGGCUCAGAAGAAGAAACAAGCGGCCAAGGGAAAGAAGGGAGGCAAGAAGGAUGACGACUGGUCUGAUAGGGAGGAGAAGGAGAUUAAGUUGGAUGUGGAAUCGGAUGAGGAGCAAGAGGUGAAGGUCAGCAGUAAAGCGAACAAGAAAAAGGGAAAGGCAGCGAAGGUGGUGAAGAAGGUAUCAAGCGAAGAGGAGGAGGAGGACAGUGAAGAAGAGGAAGAGAGCGAGGAAGAGCCGGUGCCAGUUCCUGUGAAGAAUUCGAAAGUUGCCAAGAAGGGAGGAAAGGCGAAGAAGGUGGAAUCGGAAGAUGAAAGUGAGGCUGAGCCGGAGCCAGUGAAGGUUGAAGAACCAAAGCCUAAGCCAGAACCAGUGCCUGCAAAGAAGGAAAUGAAAAAAGAAGACAAGAAGCAGAAAGUAGAACCCGAGCCUGUACCGGAACCGGAACCAGAGCCAGAGCCAGAGGCAAAGAAGGAAGAUGUCGCAGAGGAGUUGGCAGACAAAGUUGAAGAAAUGGCCAUUAGCAAGGAGAAGAAACUAACGCACAAGGAGAAGAAAAAGUUGAAACAGCAGGAAGAGUUCCAGAAACAGAUGGAGGCCAUGACCCGUAAGGGAGGUCAAGGACACUCGGAUCUGGACAGUAACUUCACAAUGUCCCAGGCGCAGAAAAGUGGAAACCAGAGCAAACAUAUGGAGCACGCCGUGGACAUUAAGAUCGAGAACUUUACAAUCUCAGCCAAGGGAAACGACCUCUUCGUGAAUGCCAAUCUGCUGAUUGCCCAAGGGCGUCGUUACGGUUUGGUGGGUCCCAAUGGCCACGGUAAGACCACACUGCUUCGUCACAUUGCCAAUCGCGUGUUUGCCAUUCCGCCAAGCAUUGAUGUGCUUCUGUGCGAGCAGGAAGUUGUCGCCGAUGAAAUGUCCGCUGUCGAUACAGUUCUAAAGGCUGACGUCAAGCGGACGGCUUUGCUCAAGCAAUGCAAAGAACUCGAAGAGCAAGUGGAAGCCGGAAAGAUCGAACUGCAGGACCAACUCCAGGAAGUGUACAAUGAACUGAAGGCAAUUGGAGCCGAUUCGGCGGAACCAAGAGCUCGACGAAUCCUGGCUGGUUUGGGUUUCUCGCGUGCCAUGCAGAAUCGAGCCACCAAGGACUUCUCCGGAGGUUGGCGGAUGCGUGUUUCCCUCGCUCGGGCUCUCUUCAUCGAACCGACCCUUCUGAUGCUGGAUGAACCUACGAAUCAUUUGGAUCUGAACGCCGUCAUUUGGUUGGACAAUUAUCUGCAGACCUGGAAGAAGACGCUGCUCAUCGUAUCUCACGACCAGAGCUUCUUGGACAACGUCUGUAACGAAGUGAUCCAUCUGGACAACAAGAAGCUCUAUUACUACAAGGGCAACUAUUCCAUGUUCAAGAAGAUGCACGUCCAGAAGCGUCGCGAGAUGAUCAAGGAGUACGAAAAGCAAGAGAAACGGAUCAAGGAGUUGAAGGCCCACGGACAGUCAAAGAAGGCAGCCGAGAAGAAGCAGAAGGAAAAUUUGACCCGCAAGCAGGAGAAGGGCAAGAGCAAGGCUCAGAAGACGGAAGAGGACGAGGGACCGGUUGAGCUGCUAUCGAAACCCAAGGACUACAUCGUCAAGUUUAACUUCCCGGAUCCGCCACCGUUGCAGCCACCGAUUCUUGGAUUGCACAAUGUUAACUUCAACUUCCCCGGUCAAAAGCCACUGUUCAUCAGCGUGGAUUUCGGUAUCGAUAUGAGCAGUCGCGUGGCCAUCGUUGGACCGAACGGAGUUGGCAAAUCUACCUUCCUGAAGCUUUUGGUGGGCGACUUGCAACCAUGCACUGGAGAAGUCAAACACAACCACCGCCUCAGGAUUGGGCGUUUCGAUCAGCAUUCGGGUGAGCAUCUGACCGCGGAGGAAAGCCCUGCCGAAUAUCUGCAGCGAUUAUUCAACCUUCCUUACGAGAAGGCCCGCAAGGCUUUGGGAACUUUCGGUCUGGCCAGUCAUGCCCAUACCAUCAAGAUGAAGGAUCUAUCCGGAGGACAAAAGGCUCGAGUCGCCCUGGCCGAACUGUGCAACAACGCCCCAGAUGUCCUGAUUCUUGAUGAACCUACCAACAACUUGGACAUUGAAUCGAUUGACGCCCUGGCGGAAGCAAUCAACGAGUACAAGGGAGGGGUCAUAAUUGUGUCCCACGACGAGCGGCUUAUCCGCGAAACCGAAUGUGCCCUUUAUGUCAUCGAGGAUCAGACCAUCAACGAGGUGGACGGAGACUUUGACGAUUACCGAAAGGAGGUCCUGGACAGCCUGGGAGAGGUCAUCAACAACCCCAGCAUAUCGGCCAACGCUGCCGUGCUGCAGUAAUCAAACCAAUUGUUGUACUCGUUCAUAUUAUUAGCUUCUAUUUUACAUCCUUUUGUAUAAUUUAAUAAACCUAUAGUUAAGCUAGCUCAAUCGAGUCCAGCAA